AAUAAACUCGAUAUUUAUAAUAUCCAAAGGCUUUCUUUGCCUCUCUCAUUUUCAGGUUAGCUAGGGUUUGUAGCAACGAGAGGAAGGAGCAGCCGUCGUGAAUUUAACAAUGGCCAGAAUCAAGGUUCACGAAUUGAGGCAGAAAGCCAAAGCUGAUCUCUUGAGUCAGCUCAAGGACCUCAAGGCCGAACUCGCCUUGCUCCGUGUUGCUAAGGUCACCGGUGGUGCACCCAACAAGCUCUCCAAGAUCAAGGUGGUGAGGCUGUCGAUUGCUCAGGUUUUGACAGUGAUUUCUCAGAAGCAGAAGGCUGCAUUGAGGGAAGUUUACAAGAACAAGAAGUAUUUGCCACUUGAUCUCCGCCCUAAGAAGACCAGGGCUAUUCGCCGAAGGCUCACCAAGCACCAGGCUUCUCUUAAGACCGAGAGGGAGAAGAAGAAAGAGACAUACUUCCCAUUGAGGAAGUAUGCCAUCAAAGCAUAAAACUGUAGAACAACCAUAUCUAUCUAUUGGAGAUUUACAUCUUUCAUAGUUGACAAGUUUUGAUAUUUCUACUUUUGUAUUUGCAUGCUUGUGUUAUCUAGUUUUUCUUCAUCAGACAUGUUACCUUUUCAUGAAGUUAUUAGAAUUUCUCGAUUUUGUUA